AUGUCCAAUAGUGCUGCGCCUGUGGGCAGUGUGUGGAAGGCACCUGAAGCCGAGGAAAAGGCGCCUGAACUGCAUGUGUACAACAGCUUGACGCGAUCGAAGGAGCGUUUCGUUCCGAAGCGCGGUCGUCUUGUGACGUGGUACAACUGUGGCCCGACUGUGUAUGAUGCUAGUCACAUGGGGCAUGCGCGCAACUAUGUGACACAGGAUGUGAUCCGACGCAUCAUGCGCGACUACCUUGGCUAUGACGUCAACUUUGUCAUGAACGUCACGGAUAUCGAUGACAAAAUCAUCAUGCGCGCACGACAAGAGUUCUUGCUCCAGCAGUUUCGCUCACAGCACCCGCAUCUCACGCAUGCAUUGCUCGAUGCUGUUCAAGCUGCCUGGAAUCACUAUUUCCGCGAAACGCUCAUGCCCCUUGCGCCCCCAGCGCCCCCGCAUGAAGUGUCAUCCGAUCCUGCGGAAGCGGAGCGCAGCCGUGGGGGCGAAGGCGGUUGGGAGCAAGUGACACUUCUCGCCAGAGAUGAAUCAUGGCGCGCGCAAGCGGCGGAACGUAUGCCCAAGUUCAAUUUGUGGUUCAAGACCUUGCAAGCGUCUCGUGAUGCCCAGGUUGCCGCUGCCGUUGCUCUCGGCGCGAGUGACUCGUCAACGAGCCAGGCAAAGGCCCUAAUCGAUGCGUCAGCUGACGUUCUAAGCAUGUACCUUGACAACACACUCGCCCACACUGUGAGUGAUCCUGCUGUAUUCCGCAAACUGGCCGCAUACUGGGAGGCGGCCUUCUUCCACGACAUGAAGCGCCUGCAUGUCGAGCCGCCAACGAUCCUCACGCGUGUGAGUGAGUACGUGCCAGAGAUUGUGCAGUUUAUUGAGCGCAUUCUGCAGAAUGGGUUCGCUUAUGUGGAUGAUGCAUCAGCAGAAAGCAAAAAUGUCUGGUUCGCGACGUCGCAGUUUGACGGGAGCGCAUGUGUAGCCGGCGCUCUCGCCGAGAACCAGCCAGAGGCACGUGAACACCAUUUUUAUGCCAAACUGGCUCCCUGGAGCAAAGGAAAUCGUGAGCUUUUGGAGGAAGGCGAGGGUGCUCUUGCUGCGAAAGGCAAACGCAAUGCAGCAGACUUUGCGCUGUGGAAGAGAGCGAAGCCUGGCGAGCCGGCAUGGCCUUCACCAUGGGGUCCAGGGCGACCCGGCUGGCAUAUCGAAUGCAGCGUGAUGGCCUCGAAGGUUCUUGGCUCCCAGAUCGACAUCCACUCAGGCGGGAUUGAUCUCAUGUUCCCCCACCACGACAAUGAGCUCGCACAAAGUGAGGCAUUCCACGGCUGCCCCCAGUGGAUCAACUACUUUUUGCACACCGGCCAUCUUCAUAUUGAGGGUCUGAAAAUGAGUAAGAGCCUCAAGAACUUCAUCAGCAUCGACGAAGCCCUUGCGCGGUACACAGCGCGUCAGUUGCGUCUGGCUUUCCUCAUGCAUCCAUGGCACGCCAAGAUGGAUUUCCGCGAGUCAGGCAUGGCGCAGGUGCGUGCAGCCGAAACGUCGCUGAACAACUUCUUCCAUGGUGUCAUAGCGCUCGAGCGCGAAUACCGUGCGAAAGGCCCCGCCUAUAGCGAUGGUCAGCACCACUAUGGUCCUGACGCUCAAGCUGUGGCUUCCGCUCUCGAGGAUGCGCAACUCCAAUUCCGAGCCGCCAUGUGCGACAACUUCGAUACCCCACGUGGGAUCGAUAUCCUACUGGACCUCGUGUCGCGUGCAAAUGUGUAUGAACGCGGCACGACGCGUGAAAACCUGCACGUCGGUGUGCUUGUAAAUGUUGCUCAGUACGUCGCACAUAUUGUGCGCAUGCUGGGUCUGGGUGAGGGUCCUGCACGCGAUGGCGACCUGAGCUGGGGUCAUGCUCCACGAGCUUCUUCGGCGACGGACACAGCGUCAUCGACGUCUUUGUCCUUGGACGACAGUGCAUUGGAUCGGGAUGAAGUCGCCGCGCCGUUCGUGCGUGUACUCUCCUCGUUCCGCGAUCGAGUCCGUCAACUUGCACGCACAAAUGCAUCCUCAUCUGAGUUUUUGAAACUCGCAGAUACGAUUCGUGACAUGGAGCUCGUCGACUUGGGUGUGGCACUUGAGGACCAGGAGGAUGGCCAGGCGCUCUUCAAAUUCGUGCCGGCCGAGCAGCUGCAAGCGCAGCGUGCUGAAAAGGAGCGUGCACAGGUCGAAAAGGCUGCGCGAAAAGCCGCUGCUGCUGAGGCGGCGCGCAUCAAGCGCCGUGAACAGCUGGAGCGUGGUCGUAUUCCGCCGCAAGAUAUGUUCCGUGCUCCACACACGGACGAAUACCGUGGCUGGGAUGAACAAGGCAUCCCCACGCAGGACCAGCAGGGUGAAGCACUCUCGAAGAAGCGGCGCAAGAACUUGGAAAAAGAAUAUGAGCGACAAAUUAAGCUGCAUGCCGAGUACAUCGCUGCGAGAGAGGCGCAUGAGAUCGACUAG